AAAAGUACAUUGAGGUUUGUGACGUUUCGAAGUGCGCGUGCUGUGCUAUUUCACGAAUCUUUUGUCGGCGUAAUAUAUUUUAAAAUGUAGACUCUGGAUUCACUUUGUAUAUUAGUAGAACGUUAAAUAAAUAUCAAUAACAUUUAAAACUAGCCGAUGUGUAAAUCAUCCAAAAUGGUUUCGGGCAGCACGCGUGUCAUACAAGUCUCCAACAUCGCGCCUCAAGCUACCAAGGAUCAAAUGCAGACGUUAUUCGGUUACUUGGGUAAAAUAGAUGAUAUAAGAUUGUAUCCGACUAUUCGAGAUGUCUCCUGCCCGGUUCAGUCUAGAAUAUGUUACGUGAAAUAUUAUGAUUCGGCUACCGUCAAUGUAGCCCAACAUAUGACGAACACAGUGUUCAUCGACCGCGCACUAAUAGUGAUUCCUAUGCAGUCUGGCGAGAUUCCUGACGAACAUAGGGCUCUGGAGAUGUCAAGCAAUGGUACCCUAGUCCCAGGUCUCAGUACGGUGGAACCGCGACUUCCGGCUCAUGUCAUCAACACAUUAGAAGGUGUCCCGCCAAGUCAAGUGAUACAAACUCAUGAUCCUAAAAUGGUAUCCAUGGGAUUACCGCCUUAUCCACCACUUUCUGCAACCCAUGACUCAAGAAAGAUUGAAGAAAUUCGGAGAACUGUUUUGGUGGGCGAUGUAGGGGCCGUGACACACCAACAGUUACUAGAUCACUUUGGAAUGGCAGGCGAAGUUAAGUACCUGCGAUUCUGUGAGCGUGACGCAGACAAACAGAAAUAUGUCCUAAUAGAAAUGUCUGAACAAGAAAGUGUUUUAAAAGCUUUGCAGCUUAAUGGUUCUACAAUUGAAGGUCAAACUAUACGGGUGCUCCAUGCAACCCAAUCCAUAUCCAAACCCCAGACCAAGAGCAAUGAGGCUGCUCAGCGUGAGAUUGAAGAAGCAAUGUGCAGGGUGAAGGAAGCUCAGAACCUGAUCUCUGCAGCCAUAGAUCCAGUCAUUGGGCUUCUUUCUAAAGAUAAACGGAGGACUCGAUCCCGGUCCCGGUCCCGGCGGCGCUCUCGGUCGCGGUCCCGGCGCUCGCGGUCGCGGCACCGCGGCAAGCGCUCCCGCUCGCGCUCGCGCCACCGCGCCCGCCGCUCGCGCUCCCGCCACCGACACCGCUCCAGGUCACGCUCCCACCACCGUGGACGACGCUCACGCUCUCGCUCGCGCCACCGUAGCUCGCGCUCGAAACGCGACCGCUCCCGCGACAGGAAAGAUAAGAAAGAUUCCAGUGAAAAGGAGAAAAAGGAGAAAUCCAAAUCCCCAGCGCCUCCCAAAGAUGUCGAAGAAAAAGAGGAAAAUAAGGAGGAAGUCGAAACGAACGGGAAUGGUUCGGAAGUUAAAUCGAAAGCGUCCACUCCCGCCGACGAUAAACCGGAACCGGAGAAGGAGCGCAGCCCUUCUAAGAGGGAUCGGUCCCGGUCCAAGGACAGGAAGCGCGACCGCUCCCGCUCUCGUCGCCGCUCCGGCUCUCGCUCGCGCAGGAAGCGCUCCCGCUCGCGGCGUCGCUCCCGCUCCAGGAAGCGAUCGCGCUCUAGGGAAAGAAAGCGGUCAAGGUCACGCAAGCGCUCUCGCUCGCGCGACAGGAAGAGAUCUAGAUCCCGGGACCGCAAACGCACUCGGUCCCGCGACAGGAAGCGGUCCCGGUCCCGCGACCGCAAGCGCUCGCGGUCGGGCAGCCGGCGCAGCCGCUCGCACCGCGACUCCAAGACGCCGCACGACCGCCGCUCGCGCGAGCGCAGCCCCAACCUCAGCACCAUCGAGGAGCGCGACGUCUCCGUCGUGGACAAGGCCCCCGACAUCGCGGAGGACAAACACUCGCCUGACAACAUGGACAUUUCGAAUUCUCCAUAAUUUACACGAUUUUUUUUUCAAAUCGAGAUGGCCUCGAAAGAGUUAUUUCUAUAAGUGAGGUUUUAAGUUCUAUGAAUUGUGAUUGGACAUUUUUUCUUGUCUUAUAAGCGUAAAUAAAUAAAUAGCAAUUA